AUGCGGGCCUACAUCCAGCACCGUCAGCGGGCAAGUUGCACCAUGCUAAAACACGUUGUUGCUUCAGGUAAUGGACAUCGGGCCCAGAGUCGACGCCAGAAGGUCCCAGUCGGUCACUCACUCCAACUUCAACAGCUUCAAAGUGAGUCAAAAGCAGGCUUGGACACAGGGCAGGGCAGGGCAUAGGGCAUGGUUUGAAAUUUUUUUACAGGGCAGGGCAGGGCAUAGCUUGGAACAGGGCAGGGCAUGCCCUAUGCCCUGCAUUACCCUGCAAAUGCCCUGUUUGUGCCAUGGUAAGUUUUGGCGGACGCCUCCGCCGAGCGGUCGAUAAUCGGCGGACGCCAUAACUUGGUUAGUUUAGCAGCUAGAAACAUGUAGUUCAAUUCAGAAGUCAUUAUAUGUCAUAGGCUACAAAUAAAAGCAUAAUUUUAAGAUUUUAAAAGUAGUAUUGUUAUCGACCGGUUGAUAAUUCUUAGUAUAUUUUAAGUUCAAAUUUCAUGCAUAUUCUUAUCGCUGUGUUGUUCUAAAUUGUAUAGAAAUUGCAUUAGAUACAAUUCUAGGCAAAAAACUUUGUUUUUUGUAAAAAUUAAACAUUUGUAAAUUAUCGACCGGUCGAUAACAAUACUACUUUUAAAAUCUUAAAAUUAUGCUUUUACUUGUAGCGUAUGACAGAUAACAACUUCUGCACUUAACUACAUUUUUCUAGCUGCUAAACUAACCAAGUUAUGACGUCCGCCGAUUAUCGACCACUUGGCGGAGGCGUCCGCCAAAAUAUACCCAAAUGCCCUGUAAAUACCCUGUAAAUGCCCUGAUGCCCUACAGGGCAAGGGCAGGGCAUUGCAGGGCACAGGGCAGGGCAUGGAAAUUUGCCAAUGCCCUGCCCUGUGUCCAAGCCUGGUCAGAAGCCAUGUGUAAUAUCUUGAUGUAUUCCUUUGUUUUUCGUGAAAGGACUCUCAAAUCUGACAGAACAAAGAUCUGUUUUGAAAUCUAUUCUUAUCACUGUUUAUCGGAAUGCCAAGGAUUGAAAAAGAAAUAGUUUCGUUGCGGAACCAACAAUUCAAAAUAAAAAUAUUGAAAUAACCUUUUUAGGUAAUAGGUGACUUUAAAGUGCAUUCUAUUGUUUGUUUAAAGAUUUAAAGACCACUGGAUCCAUCGUCUUUGUUUCAUAAUUUAAUUGAUAUUGCAAUUACUUCACUUUUAUACCUGAAAGUGCCAUUUGCAGACACUUGAAGAAGCCCGACGGAUUCAGCUCGAGAACGCUCGACUUCUGAACAAAAUUAUCAGAAUUUCUCGACGGAAAACAGAAUUCGGAUUUACUACAAAGCGUAGCAGUUCAGGGGCAAGUAGCCGCCAGACCUCGUCAUCCAACAGCUCGAUGUCUACCUCAACAUACUCGAGUAACCGAUAA